AUGGUGAAGUUGAAAUCCGGUGGUUGAAUAAUUUUUAGUUUCGUCUUGAUUUCUAAUAAAUAGAGAAUAAAUAUUAUUCAAAGAUUCAUCACUAUUCAAUCAUAUUACAAUCAUGCCUGAAUCAUCUCAAAAUCCUUUCAAGUUUCUCGAGAAGACAAUUGAAAUAAAUGGCGAAACAUUCCAUUAUUUCGACAUUUCUCAUUUUGAGCAAUUAUCGAAGUUACCAUUCUCAGUCAGAGUGCUUUUGGAAAGCGCAUUACGCAAUUGCGAUAACUUUUAUGUUAAAGAAUCUGAUGUGACUACCAUCUUAAACUGGACUGGGUACAAAGGUGAAGGUGUCAACGAUGACAAAGAAUAUGAGAUUCCAUUCAAACCUUCUCGUGUUAUUCUGCAAGAUUUUACUGGAGUUCCAGCUGUUGUCGACUUUGCUGCAAUGCGUGAUGCUGUCUUAAAGCUUGGUGGUAAUCCUGAUAAGAUCAAUCCUAUUUGUCCUUCUGAUUUGGUUAUUGAUCAUUCAGUUCAAGUUGAUUUCUCAGGAACAAGCGACGCACUUUCAAAGAAUCAAGACUUGGAAUUUGAAAGAAAUAAGGAACGCUUUACAUUCUUAAAAUGGGGAGCUAAAGCAUUUAACAAUAUGUUGAUAAUUCCUCCUGGAUCUGGAAUUGUUCAUCAAGUGAAUUUGGAAUAUUUAGCUCGUGUUGUGUUUGAUGAUAAAAGAAGUGAUGGAAGUAGAAUUCUUUACCCUGAUUCAGUCGUUGGAACUGAUUCGCAUACAACAAUGAUUAAUGGAUUGGGAGUACUUGGAUGGGGUGUUGGAGGAAUCGAAGCCGAAGCUGUAAUGUUGGGACAAAGCAUUUCUUUCCUGCUCCCUGAAGUCAUUGGUUACAAGCUUGUUGGUCGAUUAAAUCCAUUAAUUACAUCAACAGAUUUAGUCUUAACAAUCACAAAGAAUUUGAGACAAAUCGGAGUUGUUGGGAAGUUUGUGGAAUUCUUUGGAUCGGGAGUUUCAUAUUUAAGCAUUGCAGAUCGUGCGACAAUCUCAAAUAUGUGUCCAGAAUUUGGUGGAACUGUCGGAUUCUUCCCAGUUGAUAAAAAUUCAAUUGAAUAUCUUCGUCAAACGAAUCGAAGUGAAAAGAAAAUUAAAAUCAUCGAAGAAUAUUUGAAAGCAACAAAACAAUUUAGAAAUUACGACGAUGAGUCCGAAGAUCCCAUUUUCACUAAGGUAGUUGUACUCGACUUGUCAACGGUUGUUUCAUCACUUUCUGGUCCAAAACGGCCUCAUGAUCGCGUCUCAGUGUCUGAUAUGAAACAAGACUUUGCUUCAUGCUUGACAAACAAGAUUGGAUUUAAGGGCUUUGAAUUACCACCAGAAACUUUGAAUAAUUCUGGAAACUUCACAUGGGAUGAUGGAAAUCAAUAUACGCUCAAGCAUGGAUCUGUUGUUAUUGCUGCAAUCACAUCUUGUACCAAUACUUCAAAUCCUUCAGUUAUGUUGGGUGCUGGAUUAUUGGCACGAAAUGCUGUUAAAGCUGGUCUUAAAGUAGCACCAUACAUCAAGACAUCUCUCUCGCCAGGAUCGGGUGUUGUCACUUAUUAUUUAAAUAAUUCAGGCGUUGUUCCGAGUUUAGAGGAACUUGGAUUUAACAUUGUUGGCUAUGGCUGCAUGACAUGCAUUGGAAAUUCCGGACCAUUACAUGAAAGUGUCGCUGCAACAAUUGAGAAACAUGGUUUGGUUUGUUGUGGCGUUUUAUCAGGAAAUCGAAACUUUGAAGGAAGAAUUCAUCCAUUAACAAGAGCGAAUUAUUUAGCUUCACCUCUUCUUGUCAUUGCUUAUGCUUUGGCUGGAACUGUUGACAUCGAUUUCGAGACUCAACCGAUUGGAAAAGGAAGUGAUGGUCGUGAAGUUUUCUUACGGGACAUUUGGCCAACGCGAGAUGAAAUUCAAAGCAUUGAACGAACAUAUGUCAUUCCAGCAAUGUUUAAAGAGGUUUACGAAAGAAUCGAAUUGGGUUCACAAAAUUGGCAAGCAUUACAAGCUCCGAGUGGAAAAUUAUAUCCUUGGGACGAUGAAUCGACUUAUAUAAAGCAUCCACCUUUCUUUGAAGGAAUGACACGUGAUUUACCUGCAAUUGCUCCUAUAAGAAGUGCACGUGUUUUGUUGAAUUUGGGAGAUUCCAUUACAACUGAUCAUAUUUCCCCAGCCGGUUCAAUUGCCAGAAAUUCGCCAGCAGCUCGAUAUUUGGCUGAUCGUGGACUUUUCCCGAAAGAUUUUAACAGUUAUGGAUCACGUCGAGGAAAUGACGCAAUCAUGGCUCGUGGAACAUUUGCAAAUAUCAGAAUUGUUAAUAAAUUCAUGAAAUUCCCGGGACCUAAAACAAAGCACUUCCCAUCAAACGAAGAUAUGGACAUUUUCGAUACUGCUGAACGUUAUCGAAAGGAAAAUGUUCCGUUAAUCUUGUUAGCUGGUAAAGAUUAUGGCAGUGGAAGUAGUCGAGAUUGGGCUGCCAAAGGUCCUUUCUUGCAAGGCAUUAGAGCUGUUAUCGCUGAGUCCUACGAACGCAUUCAUCGAUCGAACUUAGUUGGAAUGGGAAUUAUUCCUUUGCAAUAUUUAGAUGGACAAAAUGCUGAAUCACUUGGAUUAAGUGGUCGUGAAUGUUUCGAUAUUCAUAUGCCAGAGAAUGUUAAGCCACAUGACAAAGUCACUGUGGUGACAACUUCUGAUAUCAAGUUUGAAGUUAUUGUUCGAUUUGACACAGACGUUGAUAUUGCUUACUUCAAAAAUGGUGGAAUUCUAAAUUACAUGAUUCGUAAGAUGAUUGAGUAGAUUAAUCUACAUGCAUGAGAUGAAAUAUUGUAAAGGGAGAUUAAAUAUUUAAGGAAGUACAGCGGGAUUUAUAUUAAAAAGAUUUUUUCAACGGAAAUUGGAAUUGGAUAAUAAAAAUGUGUUCAAAAGAUA